AUGGGCACUCUCUUAGGGCAGUUGCUUACCUGCUGUACCGCAGAAAAUUUGAAUGGCAAAACCUUUGCCACGACGCCAGCUAUCCCCAACCCACCAGAUGCCGUCUCCGUAAUAUCGAAGGCAUACCCCCACAUCUUCGAUCCGAUAGUCGGACGGACCCACGAGGCACUCAUGCUAACAGCGCAACUGGGGACGCAUCUUGCUCACGCGGAAGUCCAAGACAUGCCAAACACAGGUUGGCAGGUGUACACUUCAACGUGCUCGUGCGGCUGUCGCUUCUUUCAGAAGUAUGCUGACUGCAUUCACUUGGUGCAUGCGCUCUCCGUCCGUGGUCUGUUACGUGCUGGAAAGCGAGAAACGCUGGUGUAUCGAGGCCCCAAUAAAGCGCGCCGCUUGAUGGGCGAGCUAAAAGCGUCUGGUCGCCCUGCUCAAAGCAGCUACGCUAUUGAUAAGAACUAG